CAUGAUCAUGUCUGUCCUCUUCCUCAAACAGUGGACAACUUUAUGAAAGCUUCACUCAGACCAGGCUUCCCAUGAGAUAAGAAACAGAUCUGGACUGUUGGGAGUUGUAGAUCUCUGCAGUGUGAAGCGGGAGGCUUAAGAAGUUAAAGAACAUCAGCUCCAUACAACAUUAAGACAUUUGUCCUUCAAGAUGGACAACCACAUGGGGAAUAGCAGCAGUGGCCCAUCAAACGAAACAAUGAGUUCUUUGAGCAUUUUUACUAUUUUCCUCCAUGGCGUGUUCUCUUCCAUUGGCAUCGUAGAAAACCUCCUCAUCGUCGGAGUAGUGGGUUUCCAUGUCCGCCGCUCUGUAAUCAGCAUCUGGAUCCUGAAUCUCGCCGCCUCUGACCUGCUGGCCACCGCUUCCCUGCCCUUCUUCACCCUCUACAUGGCCCGCGGCCACACCUGGACGUUGGGUACGACCUUCUGCCGCAUCCAUUCCUCCAUCUUCUUUCUCAACAUGUUUGUCAGUGGCUUCCUGCUGGCUGCCAUUUCUAUGGACCGCUGCCUGGUGGUGCUGAGACCCGUCUGGGCCCAGAACCACAGGAACGUCCAACUCGUGGUGAAGAUAUGUGGGGUGAUUUGGGCCUUGGCUGCAGUCUGCACUAUCCCCUUCUACAUAUUCCGUGACACAAUUGAAUAUAAAGGCAAGAUCCAGUGUUACUACGACUAUGCUCGAUUCCUUCCUGUUAAUUCCACUGCUUUAUCUAAGCAGCGCAAGGAGGCCUUGGCCUUCAUGAAGCUCUUUAUAGCCUUCCUGAUCCCUCUGCUAAUCAUCAUCCUCAGCUAUGCUGCUGUGAACGCUGGCUUAGCGCGGAGAGGCUGCCGACGCCCUUUCCGUUUCGUCCGGCUUGUAGUGGCUGUGGUAGUGAGCUUUGUACUCUGCUGGGCGCCGUACCACUUCUUCAUCGUCAUGGAGGUGAUGUCCCCCAAUGGGCAUCCGGUACAUAAAUUUGCAGGCAAGGCACUCCCGACUGCAGCAACCAUCGGCUUCCUUAACAGUGUCCUUAACCCCGUUCUGUACGUGUUCAGCUGCCCUGACCUGUGCAAUAAGAUAAGACAUUCUCUGGGUGCGGUGAUGGAGAGUGUUCUGGCUGAGGAUCUGGCAGACCUGGCCCGACGCCGCAGCACUGUUCGCAGCUCUAUCAGCACCAACGAUGCUGAGUUAAGGAAGAAGAAUUCUAUUACAACCUUGUGUCUGAAAACAGACGAGAUAGUGCUGAGUGAAAAUCCCUGCUCAGAACAGAACGAAAAUGUACAGUCAAUCCUCUAACAGUGGCAAUGCUUUAAUUUUACAGCACAGAAAACUGGGCCUGAAUUUGCUUUUGAUGAUAUUUUCUGUUAAUGGAAACACGAAUCCAUGUUUACAUGUUGUCGUUAUAAAAUGAGCAUAAUGUACAUUCAAAAGCCUUACUCUCACCAGUACAAGAGUCAUACUCACCAACUUGCAACUACAUUCAUUCACCUCCCAUCGCUUCCUAAUUCCAUUUGUACCAUUUUGCUGGGGGUUUUAUUUGAAUCAACGUCAACUUCUGUCAGUGAACCUUAACACAGAUGUUUGAAAUUAAACUCCGUUCAACAGCUCUGAAACUAAUUGUCACACACAUUCAUCCAUCAUCACACAUCCAUCAGUUUCAGAGCUGUUGAAAUGUGUGAUGAUGGAUGAAUGUGUGUGACAAUUAGUUUCAGAGUCAGCACGUAGGCUCAGUGUGUGAAUGGGCGAAUGCAAUAUAGUGUAACAGCGCUUUGAGUGGUCGCAAAGACUAGAAAGGCGCUAUCCAAAUACAGAGCAUUUACAUUUCUAAAAGCCAUAGAUUUUAUAGAGAUGCAUUCAACCUGGCAUAAUCAAUUCUGUGUUGCAUUUCAUUGACGGAAACUUAAUCAUUUUCAAAAGAUCCAUCGGACGUUGUUGUACUAAUGGAAUAAGUGUCAUGGGAAUGUACAUUAUACUAAAAUUAUCAUGUGAACUUUUGGAGUAUAAGGCCCACCUCAAAAUUUUCUACGCAGUCUUUAUUAGCGACAGGGAUUUAUUUGUUUGUACUUUUGUUGAAUGGGCUAUACAUUAUUGCUUCAUUAUAGUUCAUUGCUGUGCAAAAACGCCAAGCUCUCACUAGAUGUUAUCUAAACAGUAUGCUAAUUUUAUAAAUGCUCCCAUUGUGUCUAUAAUACAGUGUGAUAUGCCUUAAAUAUGGAAUAGUAUACUUGCUUCAUUGUCCAUGUAAUGUCUAUACUUUUCAAAACUGUGACCUGUCUAAGUAUUAAUAAACAAAAGGAAAAGCA